AUCAGGGUUGAAUAUUCCAUUCUGAAGGGCAACUAGGCUCAACAAUAGGAAAAAAUCAAACAUUUCAAUUGUGUCAAAUAUUUUUACAUGUAAAGCGUACCACAGCACAUGUAUGAAAGUACUGUUUGAAAACUUUUGUUUGAAUGGUUCCAAAAGAGGGAUUUAUCCAGAAAAAGUAAAUAUUUUUGGUAGUCGAUUACCACCUUGUGAGACAUACAUCAUAUUCCCUGCACACUGUACAGUAGUUCAUGUAAUAAAUAGCAUUACUUGGAAAAUGCUCAAUAGACAUGAAGCCUCCAUUAAAUUAAUGUUCACACUGUAGGGUUUCUUGACUUGGUCCUCUGAAUCUUGGUGAUAAUUAAUAUUCAUAUCUGACUGAUCUGUCAAAUAAUAUUUUUCAGUUUAAGUCCAGAAGAACGAGAAAGCUACAGGCGUCAACUUAGAAGAGAAGCUGCUUCGAGAAGUUCAAAUCCUGGAAUGCAACUGCCAUCAAGAAUGUGUGCGACGUCUCAAGGAUAUAACACGAACUUAGAAAACGUUCAUGGACAGCAAUAUUCACCUUCCUCAAACCCUGUCUUCCGUCACUGUGUCCAACAAGGUGCAAUUUCAAGUUCAUCACAGCAGCAAGGACGUUAUGAUUCAAACUUCUCUCAGGUAGAUUCUGUUGGGUAUGGUGUGUCCAGACCAAAGAACCCGAUAUUCCAAUAUUGUAUUGAGAAGAUGCAAGGUGAAGCUCCACAAACCCAUUCAUCAUCACCCGUGUGCCAGACAUCUAGUGAACAAUACAUAACGCAAGUUAGUCACGGUGAUAGGAACCUUGUAACACCUUGUGUCUCGAGUAACAGCUACACAAAUGAUUUUCCACCUUCCCCGCCUACGGACACCAACCCGCGAUUUAAAACGAGUGGUUUCAGUGUGACCGAAAUGGAAAACAAACUUAAACUAGCUGAGAAUGUUAAACCAGAUGUAGCUGCCGUCUCUAAUGUGUGUGGACAGCCGACCUCGCCCACUUCCAAAGGUGUGAAUGCUCCUCAUUUAGCAGGGGUUGGUAGGGCCAGGCUCCACGCGGAAGCCAGGAAGAAUAAUUUUGGUGGAAUCUGCUUCAGCACCACAAGGGCCACAGGAAAUGAAACCACAAGAACACCAACCGCUGGAAGAGGAAGGGGCAUUUUGAAUGUCAUGUACUCAUCAUAAAAUGUCCCAUUAACACAACACCUACGAAAAAGGAAGAAAAAAUCUCACGUAAUUAUCAUGAGGUUGCCCCCUGAACACAACAUAGACAACUCCAAAAGUACGUGUAUUACGAAACGGACGUUUUGUUGUCGAUCAGCUGAACAUUGUGUUACAGUUCAAUAGAGAUAUUGGCAACGUUUUCAAGCUUGUUAUUUUUCUUAAAUUGUUUCCUGUUUCGUUAUGGUUUAUUUAGAUUUAGAUUUCAUAAAUGUUGCAAGCUCUUCAGCUGAAGUCUUCAUUCUGUCCAUGUGUUAUUUAUGCUGUUAUUUGAACAAUAUUUGGAAGACGCAAAAGUUUCAGACAAGUGGCCACAGACAACGGUUGACUCUUCAGGUUUUGUGAUGAAACUGCUCUUCGUGUUUACAGUCCAAAAAGCGCUUCAAACGAGUAUUUUAAUCACCCGGAACCGGCUUGACAGGUUGCUUGUACUCUUCUUUGUUCUCCUGAGCGCACGCGUUGCAGAGCAUGGGAAACGUCUUGUUUUCGAAAGAGAAAAACGUUGAAUUAUAAAUCUCAUUUCGUUUUAUUAAGCUCGUCAUUUGUAUUUUGACUCGCCAUACGGACUCGCUAACAUAUGGCCAGACUCAGAAAAUGUACAGCGAUACAACAAAGUAAAGUGACUGAGAAAUAUA